UAAACCAGCGUAUAAACGCAGCCAAUGUUGCGAGCAAAGCACUUGAAUCCAUCCAACUGAUAUUUACCACAUUCCCACUUGGUUAUGAACGCAGGAAUAUAGAUGGGCACAUCCGUAUCACCGCUCCCACGUCCACACGCGCUCCAACAUACUAGGAAUUUCUGCUCAGCACCCAUGGCCCCCCAUUAGAUGCUCAAAGCCGCUGUUGUCAUAACGAAUUAUAUCUGCACUACUGCUGUUUACUUCUGAAGUUGCCUGCCUCUGGUAGGGUUUUCAAUAUUUUAUUCAGAAUUCCUGUGCUCUAUCCCUAUGGCUACAUCCGAUGGAAAUGGAAUAGACGGCUGUCUUUUGCAACGAGGCAAAUCUCAAAGUGACCCAAACCUACUCACCGAAUCCGGCAUCGAUCUAGUGCACAACACAGUGGAGGUGAUGGACCAGCAGAGGGUUCUACAUAGUGGCUGCCUGGUAUUGGGGGUGCACACCCCGCCCAUCCGCCGCAACAGCAAGCUGGCGAGCCUGGGGCGCAUCUUCAAACCCUGGAAGUGGAGGAAAAAGAAAAACGAGAAGCUGAAGCAGAGCUCCACAGAUGUGGCAUUGUCCAGUGGGUGUCUCUCUCCAGAGCCCGGUUCCCCCUUGCAGGGCUCCUCAGAUGGGACAUGCAUGUUUGGGGUGUCGCUCAAUGCCACUCUCACAGUCAGCAGUGUGGAGUAUUUGGGCCCCGAAGAGGAACUCCCCCCGCCAGUGGCUGAGCCUCCAGGGGACUGUGAGCCAGAGGGAAAUAGCAGUCAAAAUACAGAGGAAGAGGAGGAGGGAGAGAAGGAGGCGCAGCCUGGUGCCGAUGCCUCUGAGGAGGUCCAGGAGGGAGGAGAAAAGACAGAGAGGCAUGAAGAGGAAAUACCUCGAGGAACCACACCACCACCAGUAGCGGCCAAACCGGUGAUGCCACAGAUGAGCAGUGGCGAUGACCCAUCUGCUGUGCCCUCACACUUGGUCAACUCUUUCCUGCCUAAAGAGCCACCUAGGACUCCCGAGAGCCUGGCCCCCAUGGUGGCCCUGCGAGGGCCCGUCUCCAACCCCUCAGGGUCUCCUCACCUCGCCAAUAUUAUGCACCUUCCCAUGCCCCCUAGCUGUAUCAUGGAGGAGCUACAACGAGCCUUUGCCUCAAAGGCGAACCGGCAGGAAAGUGUGCAUGGGCCUGCUGAGCCGGGCUCAACCCCGUGGCGGCGCUCUGAUGGGCGACUCUCUCGCUCCUCCAGCUCGGAGAAUCCAUCGGUGGCGAGCGGCGGCGUUGUCGACUGGCUACACCAAGCAGAGAGGAAGAAGGAGGCAGAAGAGAACAAGGAGAACGUGCGGCUGGACCAGUGCUUCUCCGACGCCUCGGGCCUCCCCCACGAUCAGGACGACUGGAACGACUCCGUCAUCUCUGGUACACUACCUCGCAGGCUAAGGAAAGAGCUCUUGGCYGUGAAGCUUCGGAAUCGACCCAGCAAAGAGGAGCUUGAAGACCGGAAUAUCUUCCCAGCGCGGACUGAACAGGAACGUCAGGAAAUACGCCAGCAGAUCGAGAUGAAACUCACCAAGAGACUCAGCCAGAGACCAAAUGUGGAAGAGUUGGAGAGUCGGAAUAUCCUAAAACAGAGAAAUGACCAGACAGAACAAGAAGAGAGGAGGGAGAUCAAACAGCGGCUCAACAGAAAGCUCAAUCAGCGGCCCACAGUUGACGAGCUACGGGACCGAAAGAUUCUCAUCCGUUUCAGUGACUAUGUAGAGGUGGCCAAAGCUCAGGAUUACGACCGAAGAGCAGACAAGCCCUGGACUAGGCUCUCUGCAGCCGAUAAGGCGGCUAUCCGAAAGGAGUUGAACGAAUUCAAAAGCACCGAGAUGGAGGUGCACGCCUCGAGCAAGCACCUUACGAGGUUCCACAGGCCGUGAAUACGAAGGGGAGUUUCUUCCGUGAAGAAAUAAUGCUGAGCCUAGAAUUUUCGGUUGCUGCGUCGGUGGCGGUUAGAAACUGCCGGAGCCCGGAGGACAUUCUUCCAGAGCCCAUUCCUUUGUCUGCAGGGUGUCCUCAAUUCCUCCAGCGCGCCCCUAGGUUUCGUCGAGGGGAGGUGGACAGACGGUGAUGUUUGGGGGUGUAGCAGUGAAUCCCGGAGGCUGUGUCUCCAACGUGGGAGCUGACUGGACAGAAGACUAAAGACAGAACCUCGAACUCGGACUCCGUCUAUCUGCCUGUCGGUUAAGAUGGAGCUGAGGGAAGAACAAUGCCUGUGUGUGCGUGUUUUUUCAAACUGACUCCUUUGAGAAGGUGGCGAAUACGUACAGGGAAGAUGACGUUGUGCAUGUGACCAGCUUCACCUUUUCUUUUUUUGAAUAACGUGUCACUUGAGGAGGAUGGGGGGGGGACUGUGUGGUCGGUCGUGGGUGWAUUUCGUACCAACUGUAUAUAUGUCAAUCUGAACCGGACUGUCAAUGUCUUCACUCAAAAGAGAGAACCUUUGUAAGCACUACUUGUCUUCAAAAUACAAGGUCUUCAAAAAAAAAUGUAUGCAUCUUAUUUUUGGUAAUCACCUUUUUUAAAAGUAUUAAUAAACUGAUUGCUAGGUAGCUGAACAGGUAAAAGCCUCAAUCCAGCCUUCCCCUUUGUGUUGCUCAGAAAGUAGCAAGAUACCAUAGUAAGCAGAGUGAAUGUGAGAUUCAUGAGUCUGACAGGCAAUAUGAGAUAAUAUACAGCAGGGCUCUCCAAACCUUUUCCCGGAGAGCUACCGUCCUGUAGGUUUUUGCUCCAACCCUAAUAAUUACCUAGUUGAUAAGGGUCUUUCUAAAAAAUAAAGGGGCCAAUGUGUGA